GCGCGCCGGAGGUGGCGGAUUCAAGAUGGCGCCGUGCGGACGUGUCCGGGGCCGCUGCCCGCGCCCCGCGCUGCUGCUGCUGCUGGCGCUGGCGGCGCCGCCCGCCGCCCCCGGCCCCGCCAACGGCCCCAUGGCGCCCAACGCCCUGCCCGGGCAGGCCCCGCGCGGGCCCCGCGGCGCCGCGGCCGGCGGCUGGAAGCUGGCGGAGGAGGCGGUGUGCCGGGAGGACGUGGUGCGGCUCUGCUCUAAGCACAGCUGGGCCAACAACCUGGCCGUGCUCGAGUGCUUGCAGGACGUGCGCGAGCCAGAUAAUGAAAUCUCUUCAGACUGCAACCAUCUCUUGUGGAAUUACAAGCUCAACCUGACUACAGAUCCGAAGUUUGAAUCCGUGGCCAGAGAAGUCUGCAAGUCCACUAUUGCGGAGAUCAAGGAGUGUGCAGAUGAACCAGUUGGUAAAGGCUUUUUGGUGUCGUGUCUGGUGGAUCACAGGGGCAACAUCACUGAGUACCAGUGCCAUCAGUACAUCACUAAAAUGACAGCCAUUAUCUUCAGCGAUUAUCGGUUGAUCUGUGGCUUCAUGGAUGACUGCAAGGCUGACAUCAAUCUCCUGAAAUGUGGCAGCAUUCGACCUGGAGAAAAGGAUGCCCACUCGCAAGGAGAGGUGGUGGCAUGCCUGGAAAAAGGCCUGGUAAAAGAGGCCGAGGAGACUGAUCCUCGAAUUCAGGUUUCUGAUCAAUGUAAGAAAGCGAUUCUUCGUGUAGCUGAACUCUCUUCGGAUGACUUCCACUUGGACCGGCAUCUCUACUUUGCGUGCCGAGAUGACAGAGAACGAUUUUGUGAAAACACUCAGGCUGGGGAAGGCAGAGUCUACAAGUGCCUCUUUAAUCACAAGUUUGAAGAAUCAAUGAGUGAAAAGUGUCGUGAUGCGCUGACCACCCGCCAGAAGCUGAUCGCCCAAGACUACAAAGUCAGUUACUCGCUGGCAAAGUCCUGUAAGAGUGAUCUGAAGAAAUACCGCUGUAAUGUGGAGAACCUUCCCCGGUCUCGGGAAGCCAGGCUUUCCUAUCUGUUGAUGUGCCUGGAGUCUGCUGUGCAUAGAGGUCGACAAGUGAGCAGCGAGUGCCAGGGGGAGAUGUUGGAUUACCGGCGCAUGCUAAUGGAAGACUUCUCACUAAGCCCAGAAAUCAUCCUGAGCUGCCGAGGGGAGAUCGAACACCACUGCUCAGGCCUGCAUCGGAAAGGCCGCACCCUGCACUGUCUGAUGAAAGUAGUACGGGGCGAAAAGGGAAACGUUGGGCCGAAUUGUCAGCAGGCACUUCAAACGUUGAUUCAAGAAACAGACCCUGGUGCUGAUUACCGCAUUGACCGUGCGCUGAACGAGGCCUGUGAGUCGGUGAUACAGACGGCCUGCAAGCACAUACGCUCUGGAGACCCGAUGAUUCUGUCUUGCCUGAUGGAGCACUUGUAUACUGAGAAGAUGGUAGAGGACUGUGAGCACAGGCUUCUGGAGCUCCAGUAUUUUAUAUCUCGUGACUGGAAAUUGGAUACAGUUCUGUACCGCAAGUGCCAGGGGGACGCCUCCCGUCUCUGCCAUACGCAUGGCUGGAAUGAGACCAGUGAGCUGAUGCCUCCUGGGGCUGUUUUCUCCUGCUUGUACAGGCACGCGUACCGCACAGAGGAGCAGGGCAGGAGGCUAUCACGUGAGUGUAGAGCCGAGGUCCAGAGAAUCCUCCAUCAGCGCGCCAUGGAUGUGAAGCUGGACCCGACCCUCCAGGACAAGUGCAUGAUUGACCUAGGGAAGUGGUGCAGUGAAAAAACGGAGACAGGGCAGGAGCUGGAAUGCCUUCAGGACCAUCUUGACGACUUGGUGUCUGAUUGCAGAGACAUAGUGGGAAACCUCACAGAGCUGGAGUCUGAGGACAUUCAAAUUGAAGCCUUGCUGAUGAGAGCAUGUGAGCCCAUUAUCCAGACGUUCUGUCAUGAGGUUGCAGAUAACCAGAUCGAUUCUGGAGAUCUGAUGGAGUGUCUAAUACAGAACAAACACCAGAAGGAAAUGAAUGAAAAAUGUGCAAUCGGAGUUACUCAUUUCCAGCUGGUUCAAAUGAAAGAUUUUCGAUUCUCCUACAAGUUUAAAAUGGCUUGCAAGGAGGAUGUGCUGAAACUUUGCCCUAACAUCAAAAAGAAGGUGGAUGUAGUAAUCUGUCUGAGCACAACUGUGCGCAAUGAUACUUUGCAGGAUGCCAAGGAGCACAGGGUCUCUCUGAAGUGCCGCAAACAGCUGCGUGUUGAGGAGCUAGAGAUGACAGAGGAUAUCAGGCUUGAACCAGAACUGUAUGAGGCUUGUAAAAGUGACAUCAAGAAUUACUGCCAAAACGUGCCCUAUGGCAAUGCUCAGAUUAUUGAAUGCCUGAAAGAAAUCAAGAAGCAGUUGAGUACCCGGUGCCACCAGAAGGUGUUUAAACUGCAGGAGACGGAGAUGAUGGAUCCAGAACUGGACUACACGCUGAUGAGGGUCUGCAAGCAGAUGAUCAAGCGGUUUUGUCCAGAAGCAGACUCAAAAAAUAUGUUGCAGUGUUUGAAACAAAACAAGAACAGUGAAGUGAUGGAUCCUAAAUGCAAGCAAAUGAUUACCAAGCGCCAGAUUACGCAGAACACAGAUUACCGCUUAAAUCCAGUGCUCAGGAAGGCGUGCAAAGCAGACAUCCCGAAGUUCUGCCAGAAUAUCCUGAAUAGGGCCAAGGAUGAUACAGAGUUGGAAGGACAAGUCAUCUCAUGCCUGAAGUUGAAAUAUGCAGACCAGCGUCUCUCUCCAGACUGUGAGGACCAAAUUCGAGUGAUAAUCCAGGAAUCGGCUCUUGAUUAUCGGCUGGAUCCCCAACUUCAGAUGCACUGCUCUGAUGAGAUUUCCAGCUUGUGUGCGGAAGAAGCAGCAGCUCAGGAGCAAACCGGGCAGGUGGAAGAAUGCCUGAAAGUGAAUUUGCUGAAAAUAAAAACAGAAAUGUGUAAGAAGGAAGUGCUCAACAUGCUGAAAGAAAGCAAAGCAGAUAUAUUUGUUGACCCAGUGCUCCACACAGCCUGUGCCCUAGACAUCAAACACCACUGUGCUGCCAUCCCACCAGGGAGGGGACGCCAAAUGUCAUGCUUAAUGGAAGCUCUGGAAGAUAAGCGAGUGAGGUUGCAGCCCGAAUGCAAGAAACGCCUUAAUGAUCGUAUUGAAAUGUGGAGCUAUGCUGCAAAGGUUGCCCCAGCAGAAGGCUUUUCUGAUCUUGCCAUGCAAGUUAUGACCUCUCCGUCCAAGAAUUACAUACUGUCUGUGAUCACGGUUGGCAUCUGUGUACUCUUUCUCAUCGGCCUGAUGUGUGGACGCAUCACCAAGCGGGUGACAAGAGAGCUCAAGGACAGGUAGAGCCUGGAUUGCCUGCUGAAGAAAUGCCUGCCUAGUGCCCGGUUUUGUACAGCCCUCCUCUGUAUAGUCUACCCGCCCCCUCUUGUGAGAGGAGAAUAAAAAACAAAAUAAUUAGAACAGCAGCAGGUGUUGGCUCAGUUUUCCCAUCCUGGAUCUCAUCCACGGCAUCUUCAUCCUAUGAAAGUUUAUGUGCAACAUUGGCAGCCCAGCCAGCAGCUUUUGUUACCCCUUUGUUAGCAGACUCUCGUUUACCUGCCUGUAGACAAGUCUCUGUUGUACUGUUGGAACUGCCUUCACUCUCCAGAUCAGACUGAAACGACCUGCAGCUCAAGCAGUUUUUAAGUACAUUUUUAAAGACAGACAUCCCGACUAUAUGAUUUAGCUAUCGGUUCGUAUUGAAAUCUAGUCAUCCUCUGUGGCCAAGUGAAAUAAAAGUGGGAAAGUAAAGGGUGAAUUGCAUCUUACACCACGGUUGGCCUUGUUUUGGACAUCUUGCUCAUCUUAUGUAAAGCAUCUCCAGAGCAUAGUCGUGGACACCCUAAGGACACCCGUCGCUGGUGUCAUCUUCUAGUGAAUAUCCUGCUUCUGUUACUGUGGAUUUUUCUGGCUGAAAAGAUACCCUCCCUUUCUUCCUCUGCCACUUGCGAGAUAGAAUAAAUACUGACCAGGAUCAAAUACUCAUGUGAGCUGUACAACUCGUAUUUCGAUAGAUUAAAGACACGGUGUGGAUGCGAGGUGGGUAGAGCCUGUCGGUAGCCUCUGGUGCUGCUGUCAGCAGGCGUGAAGUGCUCUGAUUGCUUACUCGGUCAACAACUUCUGUUAGUGACGAUGCAGUAACAUUCUAACACUCCUUCUAUUUUACCUUGCUUCUGUUAAGCUAUUACCCUUCCAAACUAUCUCCCUAGCGCUGGUAUUGCCACGCUGGCAGUGUGGUGCUUUGUCAGGGAUCCAGAAAGCAAUGAACACUCCACGUGUUUAUCUGUAAACCAGUGACCUGGGGGCUAGAGCCGUGGUUUGGACCUGGCCUGGCGAGAUCUUGGGGGUUUGGGUAGUAGCACUGAAGAGUGUUUUUCAUUUCCACAACCGCAGCUGAUAAGGUUAAGGAUAAGGGAUUGCAGCUGGUGUUUUCUGGGAUGUAGGGCACAGGUGCUGGUCCAGAAGCAGGAGUGGAUGGGUGCACGAGAGUGUUGUAUGAAAGGCAGAAACGUCUGGAUCUUUAAGGGAAAUCACUUUCACAUUGUUAUCAUCCAUGCGUGCACUCGUGCUGUAUAUCGUUACACUCCCAGAACAUGAUACUCGUACCCGAGAAUCCAAAGAAGGUGUUUUAGAAAAGCUGCACCAGUAGUUGUGGCCGCCUCUGUCACUGUUGUUCCUCAAAUACAAGGAGUUGUGGAGGUCAAAAGCCACGUGCUUUGGCUGAAACGUUGAGAGUGUUCAUGAGAUCUGGAAGUGGCUGCACCAGAGUCCCUAUGUACAGUAGGAUGUACUUUAUUCGCCUUUUAGGUGUGCUCACCUGCCUGUGCUGCAGUAAAUUCACGUGCCUGAAACUGUCCAACUUAGGCUGAUGCUUGAUCCAUAACUUUGUUUUCCCACUUAGUGCACUGCUAGAUAAGACCUGAUGCUUCCAGUUCUCUCUGUUCUUCUUGAGGACAGCGGAGGUGGUUUUGAGACACUUUGGAGUGUGGACCGGCUGAUGCUGAUGAUGCUGCGUGUACAGAAUGGCGUACACAAAAUACUGUGAGCUUUUGCUGCAACUGAAGCUUUUUGCAAGCGUAACUUCAUCCCAGCCUGAGGAUGGAUGGCAAACUGUUAGUGAUACGGUCUUUGACUUACUAUGCUAAAGAGUUGUUCACAAACUCUUCUGGUUUUAUAUUGAAUUAUUACGCGCACAAGCAAGCAGUGGAGAAUGUCUGGUGGUUCAGUGGUGAAUUAGUGCAUGGCAAGAUUGCAGUUAAGUGGUUAGGUAGGACAGAAAUUAAGCCUAAAUUCUUUCUCUCAACCCUCUUCCCUGGUGCUAAUAGAGCUUAACUGGCCUUCUGUCAACAUGAAGUGAAGCAGAAGAGGAAUGGUUGAUGGUGUCUCUUGAGGUAGCACAGGUGUAUAACACCGCGAGUGUUAGUUUGGCAAUUAUAACUGUUUAUUGUUUCACUUGAUGGAGCGCUGAAAUUACUGCUGUGAGAUGGGUGUGUUCACAGAGCUGCCGGCAAGGGAAAUGGGAUCUUUGCCUGCUUGGCACGAGUCCUGCUUCUCAAGAUGUCUAUGGGGUGUAUUUAAAUUGCUGUCAGAGGGCUUUUUUUAAACUGUUGUGACUCUUUGAAAAGGCAUUUUGUAACCUGAUUAGCUUGAAAAGCCUAAUUAGAUGGUUUAUUGUCUAGAAAUAGCAUUUUCCACUAAAUUCCAGAAGACAUGGCGGUGAAAAUUGUAGGUUUGUAGCCAUAGUUCUGAAUGUAAACUCUGUUCAGCUCUGAAGGCGACUUUCUUUACUUUCAGAUAUAAAGCUUUCUGGGUUUUUUUUUUGCUUUUUAAUUUAGAGAAGGUUACGGUGAGGGUGCCUGGAACGCUGUGCUAGGAGUCUGUGGUCUGUGGUGGUGUUAGUCUGCAGUCAUGGUGCUCGUCUGGUUUCGGUGUGAGUGCUCUGGGAUGGUUACAGGUGUGAGUCUGGGGGUCCUCUGAAGCAGAGGUAGGAUACUAAAUAGAUUUCUGCGUGAUUCCCUUCGAUGCACUUUGUCACUCUAAGGCAUAGACCCUCCUUUUAAAGGUGUGACACUGGCAAAGGGUCUGGUCUAUUUUGUCACUGAGCAUCGUUAUCUGUUCACUUUUUAAAAUGGGGUUCCCUGACACUGCUAACAACCGAAUUUGCUUUUCUCCGUGACUAGGAAGCUACCAAUCCCAGUCUUGAAACAGCCUCCUCCUCCUCACAUAUACCUAAAAUCUAGAGGUCUCAAAGGCACAGAAGCCUACACAAGUUCUCUUCCAAAAAUAACCUGCUUGUGCUGUUGCCAACACAACCCCUUGCCUGCAGGUAACCAUUUUCCAUUGCAGGGAAAGGAGGAAAUGGUUGUAAGAAACACUGCUGUUGCCUUGAACUUGAGGAAGCCUUUAUAGCUUCUCCAGUCUAAUGGAAAGUGCUAGAAAUGGCUGCCACCAGCAGACCACCAGCGACCAAGAGUGUCGCUGUGGCAAAACCAGGGGCACCCUUUCCUUCACAAGCCUCUUGGAGGAGAAGGCUGCCUGCUGCCGAAGGCAGCUCAGGAGGAGGUUGAUUGCUUUUUCUCCUUGCCAUCACCAAACCUCUUGGAGAGCUCAUUUAGACAUGGUGAUGCAGAAGCUCCCGUGGCUGUAGGGAAGGGCUAGAUGACAGGAGCCUGGCAAGGCAUGCAGCUCUGCUUCCCUCCCGUUGCUGCAAGGGUUAACAAGCUGUGACUCCCAAACAAUGGCUCGUAUUUGAAUACCAUAGGUGACCAUGCAUGAUGUGCACCUUGUUACUUCACCUACUAGCCCGUUAGUGUUCAUUCUUGUUGGCCUUUGUGAGCUUAUUUAUUGUUUGAUCUUGUCCUUUGGCUGAGUUUUAACUUGGGAUUCUCCUGCCUCGCCUCUGUUGGAGUGACUCAUCUGGGCAGGGACAAAAUUCCCUGUGCUUCAAGUAGUGUCUGUCGAGCCGAGUACCCGCAUGUCUGUAUAAGGGCUGGAAAAGCCCUAGUGAUGCUCAAAUAAUUCCAUAACAAAGACUCUUAACAAUCCAUGCGAAUAGAAUCAGUCUUGUUCUGAAAGAACCCGCAGUGAGCGUGUUGUGUGAGAGUGAACGGAGAGGAGCGAAUGUCUCUGAGGGCGGUGCAGAGGGAGGAGACGUGACGGGCCAGAGGGAUCACCGGAAUCCCAUACUGUUGUAGAGGAAUUGCGUUCAAGCUGGAUGGCAACUUCUGUUAAAACGCAACUUUUAUUAUUUAGUUGAAAUAAGAUUGUAGUAAGUUGGUUGGUUGGUUGGUUGGUUGGGUUUUUUUUUACUUUAUCAGUUUUGUUUAAAAAAAAAUGUAGUUUGAGGUGCGUGUGAGUGUGUGAGUGCGGAACGAGACGAGGGCAUUUCACCUAGCACUUCUGCCUCUGAGUAAAGUACAGCUCUGUGGCGACAGCGCGUUCUUCAUCGCGGGGUUUCGGAGCUUCAAGGCAGGUCCCAGGUACUGAUCUUUGUGCAGUCUCCCCGCUUGGGGGCCGAACCUGCCGGCUCGCUUCCACUAGGGAAUCCCGGGUAGAGGGGACCCAAACCAGGCUGGAUGGGCCUUGGGCAGCCUGAUCCAGCGGGAGGUGUCCCUGCCCACGGUGGGGGGUUGGAACUGGAUAAUCUUUAAGGUCCCUUCCAACCCGAACCACUCUGUGAUUCAACUUGGAAAAUGAAAGAGAUUCCUGCAUCAGACCCGCUAGCUGGAGUCCCUGCACGCUGCCGGUGUGGACAGGCAGGAGGAAUAACACCUUGCCACUCCCUGGACAGAGGCAGGUUGCUGUUUUCUCCUCCCACAACACCCAAAUUCUGUUCCGUAGCUAACCCAAAGCAAAACCAUCCCUUCCUGGAUGCAAAUCCCACCCCGCUGUCCCUGGGGUUUGCCAAGGAGCAGCGCUUGCAGAGCUCUGGCGGUGGGAAAGGCUGAGCUGAGGGCGAGGGAAGGCUGGCGUGGGGUUGGCCUGUGGGCUCUGGUGGGGACGGGGCGGAGGGCCCAUGGUGGUGAGGGAGCCCCGGUGCCCUCCCGCCCUGCAGCAGGCGCCAUUCCAGCUCGAUCUCUUCAUUUUUAUUUCCAAAUGUGACAUGAAUGAGACUUUUUGUUUUGUAAAUCGUUUCCCCUCCCUGUGUAUAAACCCCGGCCGGCCUUCCAUUCGGUUUGGUUUUAUUUUACAUGUUCAUGCUGUGUAAUUUUGAGAUGUUACUGAGAUUCUGAACAUAAUAA